CUCCGGUGAGUGCGGGGUGUGAGUGCGGCUUGGAGGAGAACAAACAACACUAAAAAGAAAGGAGAGAAGGAGAGAGGGAAAGAAAGAACGCGCCGCGCGCAAGAGAAGAAAGAAGCCCAGGAGGAGAAGAAGGCGGCUCCGUGCGCCCUCGGUUACGCACGGCUUUGGGGCGCAAAAGAGGCUCGCGGCGGAUCUCGGGGACCCUUCCAGGAGCAAGGAAGUGGUUGGGGAGCCUCAGGGGAGUCUUGGGGAGCCCCUGGAGCCUCUUUCCCGAUCUCGCAGCCUCCCAAAGCGGGGAUUUCCCCCUCUUCGCGCCCUCCCCCAUCGCCGGGAUAGUAUUGACAAGAUCUUGCCAGAGCCAUGUGCGCCUCCGGGGCGACGCCGCUUCGGGAGCCGCUCCUCCGCCUCCUCCUCCCGCCCGACUUUCGGGGGAAAGACCGCCGCUGGUGAAGGGGGCUUCCCCCUCCCUUGGAGACCCUCGUUUCGGGGGAACCCGACGCCUGGGAGGCCGAGGAGGAGAGGAGCCAAGCCGGGAAAGGAUCCGCAACCAAGCCGCCUCUGGAGAGGAGAGUCCCCGCUGCAGUCUUCUCCCUUCCUUUCGAGUUUGUCCAAAAGUGUUUUUGGAAGGCCUUUGAAACCUUUGAAGCCAAAGCAGUGGAGAGUUUGGACCUGCUUCUCUUUCCCCUCCUUCCUUUUUGGGGAAGGCAACUUGCGUGGAGUUUUCGCCUCUUUCGCCUCCCAAGCGCCUCUUUCUUUUUUUCCUUUCUUGCCUGGAGAGUUGGACCUGCUUGUCUUUCCCUCCUUCUUCCUCUUCGGGAAAGUCCAGAACCAGACGGGACCGCGACCCAGAGAGUCCAACCGGUGCCCCCUUGUUCUGAGUUUUUUUUUUUUUGGAGGAAAGGGAACACUUUCUAGAACUCUCCAGACUUUGUGUUUUUGGAGUCCCACGUUUUCCUUCUUGGGAAGUUUUCAUUGAGAAGGAUUCGGGAGGGAAGUCGGACGUUGUGUGGGACCUGUUUGUUUUCCCCUCCUUCCUUUUUGGGGGAGGAAGGAAGGAAGAAACAGGCCAGGAAAGGGAACUACUAGGAAGCCUCCCUGCUUGGUUUGGGAAGCAGGCUUUGGGGAAGGAAGAAAAGAAGAAACUUGGAAGGAAGGAAGGAAGAAACAGGCCAGGAAAGGAGACUACUAACCAAACCUUCCUGCUUGGUUUGGGAAGCUGACUCUGGGAAAGGAAGAAACUUGGAAGGAAGAAACAAGAGGAAAGGAUACUACUAACUAAGCCUUCCUCCUUGAUUUAGGAAGCCAACUUUGGGGAAGGAAGAAAGGAAGAAACUGGCGAGGAAAGGAGACUACUAACCAAGCCUUCCUGCUUGGUUUGGGAAGCAGACUUUGGGGAAGGAAGGAAGGAAGAAACUGGCGAGGAAAAAGGAUUACUACUAAGCCUUCCUGCUUGGUUUAGGAAGCAGACUUUGGGGAAGGAAGAAACUUGGAAGGAAGGAAGAAACGAGAGGAAAGGAAACUACUAACUAAGCCUUCCUCCUUGGAUUGGGAAGCAGACUUUGGGGGAGGAAGGCAGGAAGAAACUUAAAAAGGAAGGAAGAAAUUGGCAAGGAAAAGGGACUACUAACUAAGCCUUCCUCCUUGGUUUGGGAAGCCAACUUUAGGGAAGCAAUAAAGGAAGAAACUGGCGAGGAAAAAGGACUACUACUAAGCCUCCAUGCUUGGUUUGGGAAGCAGACUUUGAGGAAGGAAGGAAGGAAGGAGGAAACUGGCGAGGAAAAAGGACUACUACUAAGCCUUCCUGGUUGGUUUGGGAAGCAGAUUUUGGGGAAGCAAUAAAGGAAGAAACAGGCCAGGAAAGGGGUCUGUUACUAAGCCUCCCUGCUUGAUUUAGGAAGCCAACUUUGGGAAAGGAAGAAAAGAGACUACUAACGAAGCCUUCUUGCUUGCUUUGGGAAGCAGGCUUUGGGGAAGGAAGAAACUUGGAAGGAAGGAAGGAAGGAAGAAACCCCCUGCUUCUUGGCAGAAUGGGGUUGGACUGGAUGGCCCAUGAGGUCUCUUCCAACUCUACUAUUCUAUGAGAAGAAACUACUAACUAAGCCUUCCUGCUUGGUUUGGGAAGACGACUUUGGGGAAGGAAGACAGGAAGAAACUGGCCAAGAAAGGAGACUACUAACCAAGCUUUCCUGCUUGGUUUGGGAAGCAAAUUUUGGGAAAGCAAUAAAGGAAGAAACUGGCGAGGGAAGGGGUCUGUUACUAAGCCCCCCUGCUUGACUUUGUGGGAGGAAGGGCUUCAGGAAGGAACUUGGAAGGGGCCCAGGGCGCAAGAGGCGAGGCGCGGGGACCCCCGACUUUCUCCCCGGGAGGCGAGUCCGGGGCGCGUUUCCCCGAUGCGCCGCCCCUGGCCCGGCCGCCCCUUCCCCUUCCUCUUCCUCUUCCCCUUCCGGGGGUCCAGGCUCCCCCGGCGUGGGCCCCGGCCCCCCCUGCGCCUGGCCUGACCCCGAGGCGCAUGUUCCGGUCCAAACGGGCCGGGCUGGUGCGUCGCCUUUGGCGGAACCGAGUGUCUUUCGGCGGCGGCGGCGGAGAGGAGGGGGCUGCCCAUGAGCCCCCCGCGUCGUCCUCGGGGAGGGCCUUGAGGAAGGAGGGCGCCGAGGAGGAGGAGGAGGAGGAAGGGGAGGAGGGGGCCUGGGGGGCCGAGGCGGAGGCGGAGGGCGGGGAGGGGGCGCCGCCGGGCCCCGCCGCCCCCCCCUCUGUCCCGCUCCUAGAGCCGGAGCUGCACGCGGCCGCCUACUCGCUGCUGAAGCGGCUCAAGGAGCGCGCCCUGGACACCCUGCUGGAGGCGGUGGAGUCCCGCGGGGGGAUGCCCGGCGCAUGCGUGCUCCUGCCCCGAGCAUCCUCCUCCCCCCCCUCCUCCUCCUCUCCGCUCCCCCCGCCGCACCUCCUGCUCAGCAAGCUCUUCCGCUGGCCGGACCUGCAGCACCCGGGGCAGCUGAGGCGCCUCUGCCGCGGAGAGGGCUUCGGGGCCGGGCCCGCCGGACAGGGGCCCCCCUGCUGCAACCCCUUCCACUUCGCCAGGCUCUGCGGGACAGAAUCGCCACCCCCUCCUUACUCCCGGCUGACUCCGAACAAUGAGCAAAAACCAUUGGAUCUUUCCGAUUCCACCUUGUCCUACACUGAGACGGAGGCUACCAGCUCGCCCAAUCUCACUCCGGGAGAAUUCUCAGAUGCCAGUAUGUCGCCGGACGCCUUCAAGCCGAGCUACUGGUGCAACGUGGCCUACUGGGAGCACCGGACGCGGGUGGGGCGCCUCUACUCGGUGUACGAGCAGUCCGUCAGCAUCUUCUACGACCUACCUCAGGGGAGCGGCUUCUGCCUGGGACAGCUGAGCCUGGAGAGCCGGAACGAGGCCGUCCGCCGGACACGGGGCAAGAUCGGCUUUGGGAUCUUGCUCAGCAAGGAGCCGGACGGCGUCUGGGCCUACAACCGCAGCAGCCACCCCAUCUUCGUCAACUCGCCCACGCUGGACAUUCCCAACUGCCGGACUCUGGUUGUGCGCAAAGUGAUGCCCGGCUACUCGAUCAAGGUCUUCGAUUACGAGAAGGCGGGCCUCUUGCAACACGCCACGGACCUGGGCUUCCCGGACGGGCCCUUCGACCCCAACAGCGUCCGGAUCAGUUUUGCAAAAGGCUGGGGCCCGUGCUAUUCGAGACAGUUCAUCACCUCUUGCCCGUGUUGGCUGGAAAUAUUGCUGAACAACCGAUGAAGCCUCGCGCUUUGACACCAGACUGUCCCCAAAUACCAUCUACCUAGAUUUAAUAUAAAGUUUUAUAUAUAUAUAAAAUAUAUAUAUUAUAUGAAUAUAUAUAUAUAUUAUACUUGUAAUUAUGGAGUCAUUUUUACAAUGUCAUUAUUUAUGUAUGGUGCAAUGUGUAUAUGGACAAAAAACGGAAAAUGCACUUUGGCUUCUAAGUCUUUCAAUCCGGUCGUUUGUUAUUUUGAAAGAGGAGAAAAUUAUACAGCCGAAAGAGCCUCGCCGCCUUUUCGCUGUGUAGUUUUGUUUCGAUAGUAACAUCCAGACAAUAAAGCUAAUACCGUUCACUCAUUGAUAAUAAAGUAUUUGCAUUAUA